GCCAAAACUGUGACAAAUAUCUGCAAUAACGAGAAGUUGACAGCACAGAGCGGCUACAUCAUGACGCCACGGUAUCCUGCCAACUACGCAAAUCAGGUGAGGAGCGCUUUUCUUCUCCUUCAACCUAUGCAUCCCUUACACGGGAAUAAUCCAACCCCACCCCACCCCCCCACCCCCAACCCCAUUCGAACUCACGUUUAAAAUGAGACAUCACCGCACAACGACAGUCUUUGAUUCCACUGCUCAUCUUAAUUAAGCAGCACGUCCAUUCUGACCGUAGUUUUCACAUUUUUUGGAAUCCACAGGGCGAAUGUUUCACCAACAUUUUAGUCCAGCCAUCUCAGAAACUAACUCUGCACAUCAUCGAGAUGUCCUUGGAGGACAAGGGACGCACGGACUGCGCAGACCUGCUCUACUUCAAUGACAACCUGCGCAGCAUUACCUUGUGCGGCCAGCGCACCAACAACAGCUACUCGAUGCUCUCCAACUUUCUCCACAUUGAGCUGCAGUCCAGCAGCGGCGGUCGGAGCAAGGGAUUCUGGCUCUAUUAUGAAGGUAAGGGGCUCAUGACACUUGGAUUGAACUGUACAAGACGAGGUAGGGUGCAGUUGUGUGGUCUGUUUUAAUAGCAGGCAUUGACACAUUGCUCAUAGACUAUAGAGUUUGAUGGUGGGGUGGGUGGGGCUGAUUGUAGGGUGGGUGGUCUGAUGAUGGGGUGGGUGGGGGCUGAUGGGGUAAGUGGGUCUGAUGUACUUAAUAGGUUUGAGGAACAUAAGAAGAAUCCGCUGAAGAUGUAGCAUCCCCUAUAGGUUGUUGUGUGUUUAUUUACAGCCAACCCACCACUGCCAACCUCUUUGACCCCACCUCCAGUGACAGACAACAGGCAAGUCACAGUCGAGGUUACCCAAAAUGAAGACUCCGACGGAAAGAACAGCCGCGACUACAACAAAGAUAAGGGAGCCAACUCCAUCAUGAUGUCCACACUGAAAUACCAAUCCAAGAGUACAGUACCCCUGUACAGGGAUUCCAAAAGUUCCACCAAACAGCUGCCCUUUGGUAAGUGUUCAACAUUGGAGUAAUUGUAACUCGUAGCUCCUUUCUCAAAUUAAGAGUUCUCAAACUAAGAUUAUGCACUUGCCAUCAACUAGAAGUUUAAAAGGCUAAAACAUGUUUACUAAACGAAACAUUAACUUGUUUUAACAAUCAGCCCACGUUUCUCUGCAUCCUUUCACGCCCCCAUAUUAUUGUGUUAUUUUCUGUCUCCUUACAGCUGCCAUUGCCGGUGGAGUUAUUGGAACAUUGAGCCUCAUCCUUGCUUUUCUACUCCUGCUGCUGUUUAUUAAAUGGUAAGUGGCUGUUAACAUGGGAUGGCCGUAUUUUGAUCAGUCAGAGUGAGCCGACAUGCCUUUGAUUCUAUGGCAAAAAAAUAAAUGCUAUUUACCCAAUAUUAUGAGAGACAAAUAUAAACAACGUCUUAUGAUAGUUUUUUUUUUGUUGGUCUUUCAGGUGCAAAGAAAGGAAGUAUUACAAGGCUGAGAAAAUCCUGGAGAUAAAGAACCCAGCCUUCAGGAGCAGCAACGACUUUCACGAGACACAGUCCAACAGUGGAUACUAUUGUUGACGGACCAAAGAUGCCUCCACACAAUGUCAACAGCCUGCUGGCACCAUAGCGGUCAAAUCAUGAUGUUCAAGGAUUGAAUGAUCUCAAGCCUCAUCUCACAACGAAAUACUGAGUCUGAUUUGAAACUCUCAGAUGGGCAUCCUGCAUGUGUGUGUGUCAGUGAACUGACCACUGGCUGGACCACUGACCAGACAAAAAUCAUCUAUUAGAAAAAUGUUGUGUCUCAUUCUAUGAGAUCAACAACACAUGUCAGCAUGUCCUGGAAACAACUGCCUGUUCUCAACACAUUGGCACAUCUCACACUAAUGUUGCCUUGUUAAUGAACCACAG